AUGACCGACCACAACAAACACGACGGUGUGGACAAGGGUCUGCAGAAUGCCUUGCCCCUUUCCACUCCGACACGGCCUCGGAGUACUGUCGAGCAAGAAACUAGCGGUAGCCCUCAACGUCCUUCCUAUUCACCAGUCACCCCAACAUUGUCCCAUGCCAGCUUAGCCUCCCACGAAGGUACAGGAGUGGACCUCCCACCCACGCAAUGGAUAGAUGAACCUCCGGAACCGCUUCCGGUCAGCCUGGAUGACAAUCCAGAUGCAAUGGCUUUGAGAGCAACCUUAUCCAUUUUACAAAUUCAGCGUCAGCAGGCUCUGCGGGACAUGCAAGAGUUGGAUAAGAUGAAAAGGGCCGCUUUGGAAGACCCCGAACAAUUCGUCAAAGAUCUUCAGACGGGAAAGCUCAGUCGUCCGCCGUCUGGCAUAGAAGUUGAUGAGCUGGAGCCUGUCCUGGCCGAGGACAAGGAAACAGAUGUAUCCAAGUUUGGACACUUCCCAAAGGCACAGAAUGUCGUGCGUACCCCACCAGUAGAGUGGGCCAAAUAUCGUAUCGCCGGCGAGCCCUUGGAUCGAAUUCACAAGAUACAGCAAAAAUAUCCGGGAGCUACCGAGGAGUCGCUCGAGACUCUGGAUCGCCCUCAGCCUCAUACCAUUGCGGCCCCAUAUCGUCCAUUUGUGGACAGGCUAGAUGAGAUACGGCCUCCACCAAAUCCUCGUACUUCGGAAUCUUGA